AUGGAUCAGCAUACAAUUGCGAAUACAUCGGGAUCUUUGCCCCUCACACGGCGCCAAACAAAUAAGAAAAAUAAAUUGUACAACACGGCCAAUGUCGGUCUCGAAGUGGCAGCCAAUAUCGCCGAAGGAUCAGAUAUACUGGCCCCACUAAAAGCGGCUUGUCGAACAACCAAAUCGAUCCUCGAAGUCUCACAGGCGAUAGACAACAAUCAAGAAGACUGGAGCGACCUAAUCCAACGUUUGAAGGGUUACAUAUCUGCGCUUGAGGAGCGAAUUGCCUUGUUUGAAUCAUAUCCUAUCGAGGACCGGGCUAUCAACGAGGCGUUCAGCCAGCCGCUCCUCCGCUAUGCCAAAUUUCUCGAAACUAUGCACGACACGGUCCUCGAUCUCAAGACGAAGAGUAACCGCAGCAAACUUGCUUUUGGCAAUAUCAAAAUUGAUGCUGCUGAAAUUCUCAAGAUCAAUCGAGACAUCGAAGAUCAGCAUAGGCAGUUCAUGGAGGCAUUGGGCCUGUUUGUCGCAUUGCGUGUUCAAGUCAUCGACCGGAAUACCAAAUCCACCAAAGAAGAUGUGAAAGCUACUAAAUCCAAUAUAGAAACGAUCCUCUCGGACGUCGACGCCUCUGCUAUACUUCAGCUCCCAGCGGUAGCAUUCGUCCCGUCUUCCGUGCACAGAACCUGUCUUAAAGGAACGCGCGAGGCUGUUCUUGAGACGAUCCGGCGCUGGGCUGAUGACGACUCCUCGGAGAAGCCAAUAUUCUGGCUCUGCGACAUAGCCGGCUCCGGCAAGUCCACAGUCGCAAUGUCCGCAGUGGAGGCAUGGCGAAGAGAGGGAGUACUUGGCGGCCGAUUCUUCUUCUCCAUAGCAAGUAGCGAAGCAUCGACCACCGACAAGUUCUGCUCUACCAUAGCAAGAGACCUUGUUCACCACAUCCCCGAACUUGCGCCACACGUCGCCGAGGCUGUCAAGCGGAACCCCUCUUUCAUGCGGAGCUCUCUUGAAGAGCAGUUCCAGACUCUCGUCUCCGAUCCUGUCCAUCACCGGCAGGGGCGCGUAAUUAUUGUCAUCGACGCUCUUGACGAAUGCAAAUCCGGAUCGCAGCGAAGAGAACUCGUCGAAGUCCUGACUACAGCUCUGGAAGGAUGCAAUAAUCUCAAGAUAUUCGUUACAAGUCGACCAGAUCCUGUCAUUCAACCAGUCUUGGGGACACUCUCGAUCAAAAUCAAGUUAGAAGAUCGCCUCCACGAUGUCAGUCAUCAUGAUAACAUUGAUGAUAUCGGGAUCUACGUUCAUCAAUCAUUAGAUGGAAUACUAUCGAACGAAAAAAGGCAGAGGCUAGUCGACAAGGCUAACGGGCUGUUCAUAUGGGCAAGUACUGCAUGUCGAUUACUCAGUGAUGAGACCAGCUUGAGCCCUCCGGAGAUCAUAUACGAUCAUCUGAUCUCUAUGGACCAGGCCGGAGACAUAGACGAUAUAUACCGCCUUAUCUUCGAGCGCACGAACCCCAAACACUACCCGGUCAUGCAUAAGAUGCUUGCCCUGCUACUUGCCGCAUUCGAGCCACUCACUGCGGCCGAUUUGGACGACAUUCUCAAGCAUGCUGAAAUACAUGGGAGCGCCAAAGCGCUGGUGCGGAAUCUAGGAAGCGUGCUAACCGAGGAUGACACUACGAGCCAGAUCCGAUUUCGGCAUCCCACGUUCGUCGAAUACCUUCAACGUUGCUCUGUUACCCCAGCUGUCGGUAACGGCAAUAAGAUGCACAUCAAUAUAGGCGACGCACAUGGCCAAGCCGCAUCUUGGUGCUUCAAAUGCUUUAAGUCGCCGGCUGAAGGCCUCAAGUUCAACAUUUGUCAGGUCGAGUCAUCGUUCUAUCUAAAUAGGGAGAUCCCGAACAUUGAUACCAAAGUAUCAACCUUCAUUUCGAGAAAUCUUCAAUAUGCCAGCUCUCAUUGGUUAUACCACGUGGCGGAAACUGAUGACCAGUGGCGGUCCACGCUAAAGGACGAACUUCUCCACGCUGUUCAGUUUCCAUACAUACUAUACUGGAUGGAGAUCCUGAGCUUCUCUGGAGGAGUGCCACGAGCAAUAGCUGGCCUUCGAGCUGUUAUUAGUCAUAUAGGACUAGAAGCCGGGACUAGAAGUCGAAUGAGUGAAAUCUGGCGAUUCCUAUUAACCUUUUUUGUGCCGAUCCAGGAUAGCGCUCCACAUAUCUACAUUUCCGCGCUUCCUUUUACUCCCACGAAAUCGAAAAUACACACGGAGAGCGCAGAGAUGCGUACAAGGACCCUCACCGUGACUCGGGGGCUUGAAGAAAUGUACCUCGAGCUCCCACAAACUCUUGAAGGUCACGAAGCCUUGGUCAAUGCCAUUGCGUUCUCACCAGAUGGCUUGCAAAUUGUCUCUGGUUCAGAUGAUAAGACGAUUCGGCUGUGGGAUGUGAGUACUGGGCAACAGUUAGGAGAGCCUCUUCGAGGUCAUGGAGAAUGGAUCUAUGCCAUAGCGUUCUCCCCAGAUGGCUCGAGUAUCGUCUCUGGAUCAAGGGACAAGACUAUUCGACUAUGGGAUGCAGUCACCAGAAAGCCAUUGGGAGAGCCUCUCCGAGGUCACGGAUCCUCGAUCAAGGCGGUCGCGUUCUCCCCCGAUGGCUCACGAAUCGUCUCUGGCUCGGAUGAUACAACUAUUCGAAUGUGGGAUUCAGUCACUGGUCAAGCAUUGGGAGGGUCUCUUCGGGGCCACGAAGAUGGGGUGUAUGCCGUCGCGUUCUCCCCAGACGGCUCGAGUAUUGUCUCUGGAUCAAGGGACAAGACUCUUCGAAUAUGGGAUACAGUCACCAGAAAGCCGCUAGGAGAGCCACUCCGAGGUCACAAAUCCUCGAUCAAUGCCGUCGCAUUCUCGCCGGACGGCUCACGAAUCGUCUCUGCCUCCAAAGAUGCGACGCUUCGACUGUGGGAUGCAGUCACUGGCCAGUCAUUGGGAAGUCCCCUUCGGGGUCAUAAAUUCUCGAUCCAAGCAGUCGCGUUCUCGCCUGACGGGUCACGAAUCGUCUCUGGCUCAAAGGACUCUACGCUUCUACUAUGGGAUGCAAUCACUGGUCAUUCGAUUGGGGAACCUCUUCGAGGUCACAGGCUUGGAGUCCAAACCGUCGCAUUCUCGCCUGACGGCUCACGAGUCGCCUCUGGCGCUGGAGACUGGACGAUUCGACUAUGGGACGCAGUCACCGGAGAUUCGCUUGGGAGGCCCUCCCGAGGAGAGCCACUCCGAGGUCACGAAUCCUCGAUCAACGCUGUCGCGUUCUCGCCGGACGGCUCACGGAUCGUCUCUGGCUCGGAAGAUGCCACACUUCGACUGUGGGAUUCGGUCACUGGUCAAGCGUUGGGAGAGCCUCUUCGAGGUCACAAAGGUGAUGUCUAUACCGUCGCGUUCUCCCCGGAUGGCUCGAGAAUCGUCUCUGGAUCAGGGGACACGACUAUUCGACUAUGGAGUGCGGUCACCAGACAGCCAUUGGGGGAACCAUUCCGAGGCCACGAACUGAUGGUCGAGGCAGUGGUAUUCUCGCCAGACGGAGCGCGAAUUGUUUCUGUCUCGGGUGACAAGACAAUUCGACUGUGGAAUGCAAACACAGGACACGCGUUAGGAGAACCACUCCGAGGCCACGAAGGAUGGAUCCACGCAGUCGCGUUCUCGCCAGAUGGCUCAAAAAUCGUCUCCGCUUCUAAUGAUACCACGAUUAGACUGUGGGAUGCAUUCACUAGACAGCAGCUGGGAGAGCCCUUCCGAGGUCACGAAUCUUUGAUCAAUGCCGUCGCAUUCUCACCAGAUGGCUCACGGAUCGUCUCUGCCUCGCAGGAUACCACUAUUAGACUGUGGGAUGCAACUACUGGACAGCAGGUGGGACAGCCACUUCGAGGUCAUGGAGGCUAUGUAAAUACUGUGGCAUUCUCGCCAGACGGUUCACGAAUCAUGUCUGGUUCGUCAGACCGUACACUUCGAAUCUGGGAUGCAAAUAUUGACGAACAAGAUAUCAACUCCAACCAAGAUCAAACAGAGACUAAAGGCUCAGAUCUUGAUGAAAUUAUAGAAGGGACUACUUUAAGAGUCCUAUACCUGGAUUCAAGCACUGUACCCUUUUGCAGGAUGGCUGGAUACAAUCUUCUGGUAAACGUCUCUUCUGGGUGCCACCAGACAAUCGGCAUGGACUACAAAAUCCGCGUCUUCUCAAGAUUAUACCAACGACGACUCCUUCCCGUGCAACCAAGCUUGACUUUACGCAUUUCCAGUGUGGCACCUCCUGGACAAACGUUCGAAGUGACGCUUGGGCCUCCUAGUGAAUAA